GAGAAGUUCAACAGAAGUUCAUAGUUACUUGUGAUAGAAUUACUAGCGAUUUUUUAUAUACAAGAGAUCCUCAAGAAUUACUAAAAAAAGCUCGCGCAUUUCGUGUAUUCAAAACAUACACAUUCUACGGUGAAAUAUUACAAAUAAGUGUGGCUAAUCUUGGACUUGUAACACCCACAUCGCUGUGCCGGAUCAUAACCUAUUGAAUCUUCGGAAUGGAAAACUAUUUUGUUUUGGUGAAAAAAACGGAAGCGAUUGAUCAGCAGCAGUCCUGGAAACAAAUCUCUGAUAAUAACAGCACCAAUAUGGACCAUGAACUGCAAGGUCAUCUGAUACAUCAACCUGUUGGAAAUCUGCCAAAAAUCGUUGCGGUUGUGUCAGCUGCCUCUCAACAACCAUUAGCAGCGUGCCAGUCCAGCAUGAAUUCUCCACUUGUUCUGCAAUCCCUUCAAAGCACUCCAGAGUUCAUUACUCUUAUGUCAAAUGUGGACCAACAAUCUGCUUCGGAAAUACCUUCGUUUGAAGUAUCAACGGCCAAUAACAGUGAUGAUUGCUAUGGAGAGCAGGAGAUGAUCGUUGAGUCAGUACAAGCCGAGGAGACGAAGGUUGUGAUUUUACAAGGGCAAAUUGAAGAGGAUGAUAAUGACGACGAAAUUUCUGUUACAAACUCUGAAAAUGUAUCCCCGAAUAAGUCAAUGAAAAGGUCUGCCAGCAACAAAAACGUGGAGUUGGUGAAAAGCAAAAGGCGGCAUGCAUCUACGGAAAUGAAAUUCCGGGCGUUUGAUGUGAACUGGUCCAAAAUUGGAGACCAUAUUCUUGAACGAUUGAACUGUUUGCAAGAAUACCGCAACAAAAAUCCAGGAAAACAUAUUCCUGUGAGUACCCGGCUUUCAAAAACUGAUAUGACGACUCUGACCAAUACGAUCGUUGAUCAAUUGCGAUGCAUUGAUACGGAAAUACCUGCAUGUACCAUGGACCAGGUUGCAAAGCAAAUUUACUCAAAGUUUUCGGGACUUCAAUUCAUAGACGACGAUGGAUGUGCUAACCAGCAGAGCUAUGUAGCUCUAAAGCAUAAGAUGAUUAACAGAAACUCGUACUUGAACCGGUUCAAGAGUUCGGAUGGUCCAAGCAGUUCGGUUGCUGAGGUUCGUAGAAACAAAAAUGUGAAAGCCGGAACGUUGAAAGAAUAUUGGACGGCAUCAUCUUCGAGAUGUGACAAAAAAAUUCUGAGUGAACUUUUGAGAGAUGAUCCGAAGUUGCUAAGUGACGAACUCCUGUUAGCUUCUCAGCCGUACGUGCGAUUCCGAAUGGAUGAGCCAAAACCGCUCAAGGAAAUUAUUACUGGUUUCCCCGUACUACGUCGUAGGCAGCUGAUUAGCUUCCAUUUCGAAAAAGCAACUGGUGUGGCCAAAGACCUACUCGAAAAGCUGUUCAUUGCCAAGCGUGAAAAAAUCGUCGACUUUCUGAGACACCGAUUCAAGAAUACCUUGGAUGAAACUCCAUCUGACUAUACCAUCACAGCCUCCUUGUGCUCUUUGUUGGGCGAGAAUAUCAACGAACUAAUCAUACAAAAAGAACUUGGAACAAAAGCCUCAGAGAUUACUACGGAGUCGGCCGGACCGAUGCUAAUUGCCGUUGACCUUGGAAAUGAUCAUCGUGUGUUCUACGCGUUUGCUGAACAAACUCAACUAACCGAAGGCACGAAGGACAUUUUCACAGCGCUCGGUGAUUUGCUUGCGGUCCAUUAUGUAUACAACUUCAUGUAUAUGAAGAGCGCGUCAAAGUUUUUGGAGUUUCUCCAAACAUAUUUCUUCAAAAUUUGUCCUAUCACAGGGACAAAAUCAAAGGCGUCGAGGAAGAGCAAGCAACAGCGACUCGUGCAGAGCAUAAUAGAAGCAUUAUCCAACCAUGUGCCGCAAGCGACGCCAGAUGCCGGACAUUUCUAGACUGAAUUUUCGCAAGA